AUGUCCUGCAAAUAUGGAGAAAGAGGUUCUUUGACGGCAAUUUGCACCAAUGCCACACCGAUUUUUUUCAAGGACACGACGUACCGCUUCGACCAUUUAGACGAAACCUUAUUGUGCGUAAACUGCAGAUUGACUCAUUUGAGUUUGGGUAGCUUCGAUGUCAGCGGCAACAGAAUCCAGACUUUGAACAUAAGCAAUAGCCAGAUAAAGACUAUAGAAGAAAAAGCGUUUACCGGCCUGAUUUUUAUGGAAAAGUUGAUUUUGUCGGACAAUGCGAUUUCGAAAAUAGAGCAAAGAGCUUUUUUCGGUACUAGAAAAACUAAGCAGCUUUAUAUGGAGAAUGCUUUGGAAGGUCCUUUGCCGAAUUAUGUGUUCCAAGAAUUACAUCAGUUGAGGGAAUUGUACCUGAAGAAUAAUUCUCUGGCUAUUUUAGAGCAAAAUACUUUUUAUGGCUUGGGGAGUUUAACAUAUUUAGACUUAAGUUAUAAUAAAUUAAGAAUUAUAAAUAAUUCUUUAUCUUCCUUGAGUAGCCUCAAGGUUUUGCUUUUGAACAAUAAUGAAAUAUUUAAAAUUACUUCCUCAGAUUUUUAUCCAUUACAAAACCUUUUAGACUUGGAUUUAUCAGACAACAUUAUUGGUAGUUUUCUAAUUAAUUUUACGCACACUAACAGCCUAAAGAAAUUGAAUUUGUCAAAAAACCAUUUAGGCAAUGAAGUAGUAAAAAUAGGUAUUUUCCAACAUUUACAUAAUUUGGAAAUUUUAGAUUUAUCUUUGAAUUGGUUCAAAACAAUACCACCGAAACUUUUCAUGGGGCUCUACAAUUUGAGAGAACUAAACCUGGCAAGUAAUUCCAUAACAAAAUUUCAAUCUGGAGCUUUCACUGGCCUGCCAAAUUUACGACUAAUCAACGUAUCGCACAACAACAUAGAAAUAGCUGAUAUAACAGGAAAACUAUCUCUACGUCAACUGCACGUGCUGGAUAUUUCCGAAAACAAAAUUUCCAAUUUCGAUAUAGUCAAAUUUCUGCAACGGCUUCCGAAAAUCACCAAAAUAGAUUUGAGGGAGAAUUCUAUGGAUUGCGUGAAACGUCGAUUGGUUUACGAUUAUUUGAAAGAUGAAAAUAUUCAAGUUGAAGCUAGUGUUGAGUUUUGUCCCAAAUUAAGUGAGGCUGCUUAUAAAGAGUUCUAUCAAGAUGUGAAUGAAGAAAUUGAAGAUUUAAAAAAGGGCAGUCCUGUGAUUACUUCGAUGAAAGUUGUAUUUUUGUUGUUGGUGAUAUUGUCGAUAGGGUUGUUGUAUUAUGUGCAUUUAUUUAUUGUUCGUAGGAAAUAG